GAGCAACUACCCACGAUGGGGGUUUGGGAAACACGUUUUCAUGUGACUUUUACCUAAGAUUCAGAAAACAAAUCGUAUUUAGUAGUGUUUUACGGUGAUUUUAAUACCCCUGUAAGAGAAGUGAAAGAGACAGGGUAGUUUUAAACACUUUUAUUCACGCGUUGCGCUUGAAAACCCUCAUAUUGCCGCUACAUUAGCACGUCCACAGUCAGGUGUCCGCUGUGUCUGCAUGAGUCCAGGUCUGGCCAACAGGGGACAGAGGGUCGGAGGGGGGACAUGAGACCACCGAAGCGGCCCCGUACGACAGAAGAUGAAGGAGACAGGGAGGGGGAGAUGGAUGAGCGGAGGUCGGCAGUGGACGUGAGUAUUGUGAUGCCAGUGUACAACGCCUCCUCCUGGUUGGAUGAGUGUCUGCAGGCCAUAUUAGAGCAGGACUUCACAGGAUCCAUGGAGCUGUCUGUCUUUGAUGACGCUAGCACUGAUGACUCCAGGGAAGUAGUGGAGGGUUGGAGGGAUCGACUGGAGGCGAGGGGGAUGUCAGUGGUGAUCUCCAGCCAUAACUCUGCUCAACCAAGAGGAGUGGGAUAUGCAAAGAAUAAGGCAAUAGCUCAGAGUCGUGGACAAUACUUGUGCUUUCAAGAUGCGGAUGAUGUUAUGCUGCCUCAGAGGGUUCGUCUGCAGUUUGAAGCCUCUGUCCUCCACCCAGACUCUCUGAUUGGCUGUAAAGUUCAGAGGGUUCCAGAGGGAUCUACGGAGCGUUACACUCGCUGGAUCAACACGAUCACUCAGGAGCAGCUCACCACACAGGUCUACACAUCUCAUGGACCCACAGUCGUCAUGCCAACGUGGUUCUGCUCUAGGGACUGCUUCCUGAAGGUUGGAGCAUUUGACGAAGGAGGCAAGGGAGUCCCAGAGGACCUGCUCUUCUUCUACCAGAGUCUUCGUCAGGGACUGGGCGUGCACAGAGUCGACCAGUGCCUGUUGGUUUACCGUUAUCAUGAAAAGGCCGCCACACACUCCGUGACAGAGGAAACCAUUUGGAAGAUGCGUGUUGACUUCCUGCAAGAGAGAGUCCUCAGCCAAUGGGAACACUUCACCAUAUGGAAUGCUGGGAAACAGGGCAGGAAGCUGUACCGAAGCCUGAGCCUGAUCAAUCAGAAGAAAGUCAAAGCCCUCUGUGAUGUGGAUGAGAAUAAGAUUCACAAAGGCUUCUACACGUAUGAAGAAUCUAAGGAGAGGCCUAAACCGAAAAUCCCAGUUCUACACUACAAAGACGCCUCCGCCCCUUUUAUCAUCUGUGUUAAACUGGACAUGACAGGAGGUGUUCUGGAGGAAAAUCUCAACUCAUUGCAGCUGAAGGAAGGAAUAGAUUAUUACCAUUUCAACUGAGGAACGUAGAGGGGCACCGCAGCUUUAACUGGCACAGAGGAGGAGUAUAUUCAGCCUUGUUCAGAUUUCCAGCCCAAAUCCAUUUUUUGGUUUGUCCACAUUUGUCUGGGCAGCAAAAAAAACACAUGAAACUAAACUAAUUUUUUUUUAAAGUGGAACGAAACCACAUUUGGAGGUGGUAUAAAAGUGAUUCCCAUCAAAUUUCGACAGAUGCGUCACAGUCCGAGUUGAACUGUCCGCCGGCGCUUUGGGGGCGGGACCGAUGGAUCCACAUCAUCAGAGUAAGGAUGUAGUUACUGACACCGUACAGAGAGGUUGGUAAUAUGUGGACAAAUUCAAUCUGAUUUGAGCAACAAGUCAGAUUUGACUGCAGUCGGAACGUAACGUAUU